AUGGUGCUGCAAGCACACCUGCACCUGCUGAGCGCCCAUGUCUCGAGCCAAGACAUGAAGACGUCUGUCCCGACGACGAGCGAGGCGGAAUGGGAUCGGAUCGGCGACGCCAAGACGGCCCAGAAUCCUCGCUCCUGCAAACAACUCGCCAAGGCUUCGAGCACGCUCCUGAAGCAUCUGCGCCUGGGUACAACCUAG